GGAAGAGAAUUAUGAUCACUGUGAAGUGGUACACGUUGGUUUUGUAUGUAGUGGGUACAAGUCCAAUGUCUUUUUGUAUCAUCUGCUAAAAUCAAUACUUUUUUUCCGCAAUAAUCCGUUACAUUUACAUAUUUUGGUGAAUAAAGUAUCAGAAAAAGUUUUAUCAACUCUUCUUCAAACAUGGUCCUUAAAGCAAGUGAAUGUUACUUUUUAUGACUUGAACCAACAUGUUAGAGAUGUGCAAUGGAUUCCCAAUAGUCAUUAUUCUGGUAUACAUGGUUUACUAAAAUUAAUUUUUCCUAAAAUAAUUUCUGUACAACUGACCGAUAAAAUUAUUAUACUAGACACAGAUAUAACAGUUCUUGCUGAUAUCUAUGCACUUUGGAAACAGUUUCAAUUCUUCAGUCAUCGGAUUAGUUGAAAAUCAAAGUAGCUUUUAUCUUGGUAAAGGUGGCUCACUUCCAUGGCCAGCAAAAGGGAAAGGAUAUAAUUCUGGGGUUAUUCUGUAUCAUUUGAGUAAUAUAAAAAGUAUUGGUUGGAAAAAAAUAUGGAAAGAUGUAACAAAGUCAACAGCUUCGUUUUAUGGAGCCACAAAACUCGCCGAUCAAGACGUUUUUAACGCGGUCAUAAAGCAAUAUCCACAAAUCGUUUAUGAAGUGCCUUGCGAAUGGAACACUCAACUGAGUGACCAUACUGAAAGUUAUUUAUGUUAUAGUAGCAAAAGAAUCAAAAUUCUGCACUGGAACUCGCCGAAAAAAAUGAACGUCGUAGGCAAUAAAGAUGGCGACUAUUUUAGGAGUAUCCACAAAAUUUUCGUGGAACUCAAUGGAGAUUUGUUGCGUCUUCAACUCCAUCAUUGUCCUGACAUUAAUCAGAACGUUUCGGAAAUAAGUCAAGGUGUUUGCUAUGAGUUCGAAAAAGUACAAAAUGAACAAUGGAGAACAUUUUUAUUCUUCAAGGAAUACCAAUAUGUACCAUUAAAGAACGAUGUUACUUUUGUUACGCAAUUAUCUUACGACAGGCUGCAAUUAGUUGAGGAAUUGUCCAAAUAUUGGGAGGGUCCAAUCAGUUUAACUCUUUACGUAACUGACGUGGAAUUCGAAGAGUGUAUAAAAUUUAUUUCAUCUUCGGAAAUUUUAAAGGGUAGACAGAACAUCGCAUAUCAUGCAGUGUUUAAAAAAGGGGAAUAUUAUCCAAUUAAUGAACUACGAAACGUCGGCUUGGAACAUGUAAAUACAUUGUACGUUUUCUUGGCUGAUAUCGAUUUCAUUCCUGCUUCUGGGUUAUAUUAUCGAUUGGUAACGUAUUUCAAAACCAUUUUUAAAGACAUGGACAAAAAGGCUCUCGUAGUCCCAGCGUUUGAAACUCAAAAAUAUCGCAGUAAAAUACCAAAAACAAAAAGGGAGCUUAUUGAUAUGUUGAAUAACAAAUCAAUUUUCACUUUUCGUUUCGAUGUUUGGCCAGUGGGUCAAGCUGCAACAAAUUUUACUCAUUGGAAAAACUCCGAUACACCAUACAAAAUCACAUGGCAGCCUGAUUUUGAACCUUACAUCGUGGUAAAAAAGGACGUGGUCAAAUAUGACCGGAGAUUUUUAGGUUUUGGUUGGAACAAAGUGUCGCAUAUUAUGGAAUUAGAAGCGCAAAAUUACGAGUUUCAUGUUUUACCGGAUGUUUUUAUUGUUCACAAACCGCACCUGCCAAGCCAUGAUAUUGGUAAAUUUAGAAACUCGCCAGUCUAUCGCAUGUGUUUACAAAACUUAAAAGAUGACUUCAUAAAGGAUCUGCAGAAAAAGUACGGUCGCAAUUUCGAUUACACAAACGGCUUAAAGAUAACGUAAAACAGACAGAUACUAUUUUUUAUUAGGGUAGUUUUAACUUUCAGAUCUCUAUUUUUAUUUACAUGUUUUAUGUGUAACAGUUACCUUUAAAAACCUCUUUUUACUAGUCGACUUAUUAGCAUUGCAUAUGUUUAUCACGAAAAACAAGUAAUUAACAAAUAAUAUGCAUGUAUCUCCAAUGUGUUUGUUUAGUAACAAUAACUAGUUUAUUUUUUAUUUUACCAUUUGUAAUCUAUUAUUUCUUUUAAUUUUACCAAUUUCGUGUAGGUAAGACUAUUUUUUUUUGAUACAUAUAAAUACGUAUAUUUAUACAGCGCUGUGACAUUAAUUGCAUUUAACAACUAUUACUAUUAUUAGUAUAUCAUGACCAUGACAAGCAUCAAUAUUCUAUUGUACUCUAUAUUUUAGAUUUCGUUUUGUUUUAUCUUUUUUUAUGUAAUAAGUUAUAAUUCUACCAUUUAUAUCUUUUAUAAUUUAUUAUACCUAUUACAUGAAUUAAAAUAUUGAAAGUUAUCA